UCACCAUCUCCUUCUACACCAACAACUCCUCCCCCAUCACCUCCAUCGCCAUCUUCCUCAUCUCCUCCUCAUGUUUCUAAGUCACCACCACCACCACCAUCCCUCUCUCCUCCAUCUUCAAUUUACAAGUCACCACCUCCUCCUACACCACAAACUCCUCCCUCGUCAGCUCCAUCGCCAUCUUCCUCGUCAUCUCCUCCCUAUGUUUCUAAGUCACCACCACCACCUUCUCUCUCCCCUCCUAUACCUUCUAUUUACAAGUCACCACCUCCUCCUAUACUAACAACUCCCCCAUCACCUCCAUCGUCAUCUUCAUCCUCGUCUCCUCCCCAUAUUUCUAAGUCACCACCACCAUCUUCAUCAUCUCCACCAUCUUCCAUCUCCCCUCCUCCUCCUACACCAAUAACUCGUCCCCCGUCACCUCCAUCGCCAUCUUCCUCCUCGUCUCCUCCCCAUGUAAAUAAGUCACCACCGCCAUCUUCAUCAUCUCCACCACCUUCCAUCUCUCCUUCUUCACCUUCUAUUUAUAAGUCACCAUCUCCUCCUACACCAAUAACUCCUCCCCCAUCAUCUCCUCCUCGUCUCCUCCUCAUGUUUAUAAGUCACCACCAUCUUCAUCAUCUCCACCUUCUAUUUAUAAGGCACCACCGCCUCCUUUAUAAUCUCCUCCCCCCUCUUUGUCAUCUCCACCGCCACAUUCCAUAUCACUUCCUACUUGCAUUUAUAAGUCUCCUCCACCGCCAUCUUCAAUAUCACCUUCACCUUAUAUUUUAUACAUCUCCACCAUCAUCUUCAUCACCUCUUCCUCCUUACAUUUACAAAUCACCACCAUCACCACCUUCUCCCUCGUCUUUUCCUCCAUAUAAUUACAAGUCACCUCCACCACCUUUUCUUUCUCCUCCAACACUUUACAACUCCAUAUCUCCUCCCCCACCAUCACGAUCACCUCUUCCCCCUUACAUUUAUAAAUCUCCACCAACGUUCUCCUCUCCUCGUAUCUAUAAGUCUCCUCCACCAUCGUCUCUAUUACCUUCUCCUCCUCCUUAUGUAUAUAAAUCUCCAUCACCACCUCCUUAUAUUUACAAACCUCCAUCACCAUUUACAUCACCUCCACCUCCUUUUUACUUGUGUCCGCCACCAUCAUCUAUGUCACUGCCAUCCUCUUAUCUUUAUAAAUCUCCACCACCACCUACACUCUCCUCUUCCCCUCUUUACAUUUACAGGUCUCCACCAUCCUUAUAUCCAUUUUCUCCUUCCGUUUAUAAAUCUCCAUUGCCACCAACACCAUCAUCUUCAUCACCGCCUCCUCCUUACAUUUUAAAGUCACCAUCGUCCCCAUCAUCACCUUCUCUUUAUAAAUCUCCACCACCACCUAUCCCCUCCUCUCCACCUCCUUCCAUUAACAAGUCUCCACCAUACCAAUAUUAUUAUUUCCGCCACCUUCUUCUUCUUAUGUCUAUAAGUCCCUCCCACCACCAUCCUCUUAUAUUUAUAAAUACCCACCACCAACACCACCUAUCUCCUCCUCUUCCCCUCCUUCCAUUUACAAAUCUCCACCACCCUCCUCUCUAUUUCCUCCAAAUAUUUAUAAAUCCCCACCACCACCACCACCACCACCACCACCACCACCUUCUUCAUCAUCUCCUCCUCCUCCAUUAUCUUCGACACCAUCCCCUCCUCUGUAUUCAUAGAUAUUUUCCACCAUGUUUCAUUACCCCCCCCCCCCCCCCUCACUUUUACAAAUAUCCACCUCCACCCUAGCACCAGUCAACUUCAUCUCCAUCGUUGCCUCUACCUUAUGUCCAUUAAUCUCUUCUUCUCUUCUCUAGUCGUUGCCUCUAUCUUCGUCAUCAAUACCAUUACAGUCUCUAUCACCUUCUCUUGAUUACCACCUUCCCACCGACACAAACUCCCUCCAUUUUCUGUAUCGGAUUCGCCAUCAUAUUCCUAGAAAUCUCCACCACAUUAUCUCCACCACAUUAUCAGAAAAUAUUGGCUUACAAGGCAAAGCUUCACACAACUCCUAUCUCGACAGUGCAUGAGUGCGUACUUCUACAUGAGGCUCUUUAUAUCUAUUCCCAACAUCGUUGUCGUUAAGUAUUUAGUUUUUGUUGCAGUGAAAUGUAAGAGUGAAUAAGAAAAGAAUCCAAUGAUUUGGUAAAAGAGUCCUCACUCUUAACAA